AUGGAUGCCUUUCUACGUGGGCAAACUUCCUCUAGCAGUUCAUCGAAGCUAAAGCAGGCAGCAAGCGAAGAGAGCGCCGGUCCUUCGAGCAAGCGGGUCGUUGUUCCAUGGGUUGAAAAAUAGUGAGUAUAAAUGUUUACUCGUUUUUCUUUGAAAAUGUAAAGAGAUAAACUGUCAAUGGAAAGGCUAGCUAAACUGCAGAAUAACCGAUCUCGCUGAAUAAGAAAAGCUUUUUUUUGUUAUAUGUUCUGGAAAUUUUUAAAGUUACAAAAUUAUGCUGUUGAGUUCUUCUUUAUUGCAGAAACAUUGCUGCAAACACUUUUUCCUUGGUUUGUACAGAAAUUACCGGAUCUUGUGCAAAAUUUAUCCACUUCACAACCAGCAACAACCGACCCACUCCCUCUCCCUAAGGGCAAAAACAGGUCCCCAUUUCCCAAGACAACUUUGGUGUUCUUUCUUGAUUGAUAUUAGCUUGAUGAGGAACCUGACAUCCUAGUGUUUUGUUAUCUUUCUAGACUUUCACUUUAACAACAACAAAAGAAUAACCACAGCAAAUCAAAACAGUCAACUCCAUUCUGAUAAGAACACAAAUUUAAUUCUGAAAAUCACUGAAUGAAUGAUUUACAAAGUACUUUCCUAGAAUUAUGUGCUUCUUUUUCCUCCAUUAGCUGCUGUUUCUCUUCAGGGAUAACAUUAAAAAUCGGUGCUACAAAAACGUGACUUAAAAAGUCAAUUCGCCUGCGUCAAACUUUAUCGCGCUUAUCUAAAUCAAUUCAUCAAAGAAUGGUAUUUUUUUCUGGAGUUGAAGUCUAAAAGACUGUAUUGAAGUUCGGGAAAAGAAAAAAAGUCAUUGUGGUGUGUUUUAAUACAUUCUCCACAAAAUGUGAAAUUAGGUAUUUUCACAUCAUAGUCAUGCAGAGACGGCACCGAAAUGUACAGAAAAGCAUGUUGUGUCCGCAGAGUUUUUGUUUUGCCAAUCUAAGCCUAUUCCUUUUUUGCUGUUCUUGUUGACAUCGCCGUUGUCGUUGAAAGAGGGAGUAGGGAAGGGGAUGCCUAACUUGGUAACAUUGAAGUGGAGAUCUGGGAUGACUCUCCUUAUGAUGAUUAUUAUUACUACUAUAAUUAAUGUACACAAAUGUAAGCUAAUGCCCUCUUGUUCAAGUAGUUAAAACAUUUUUACAUUUAUUUGCAGUCGUCCUAGAUCUGUUGAUGAUGUUGCCUACCAAGAUGAAGUUGUGUCUGUGUUAAAAAAGUCACUUGAGGGAGCGGAUCUUCCUAACUUGCUGUUCUAUGGUCCUCCUGGUACUGGAAAAACAUCCACUAUACUUGCUAUAGCGAGACAACUGUUUGGGUAUGCA